GCGCCUGUGCCCGAGGCCGUCGUGUCGGGCGAGGGCUGCCUGCUGACCGAGCGGGCCGGCGACCGGGUCCGCAUCUGCUACUACCAGGACGAGGACGAGACGGCGGUGGAGUUGCAUGAGCGCUGGUUGGUGGUGCACGUCAGUGGCACGAAGUGGGUUGUCAUCUCGAAUGACUUCGACACUUUUGAGGAGGACGACGACAGGGAUAAGUGCGUGUUCGAGUUCAAGGACGGCGCCCUGCUGGCUGGCGGCUUGCAGGACGCGGCGGCGCAGAUGGAGCAGGUCGAGGUCGAGAAGGCCUGGGAGAUCGAGGGUCCGUGCUGGAACUUCUUCGUGUGCGAGGGUAGCCAGGGGGGCAGCCAGGGGUCAGUGCGACGGCUCUACUGGUGGCGGUUUGUGCUGGGCCCAGCGGCGACCGAUGUGGGGGUGGACGAGGACUUGCUGCUAUCCCAGCUCGGUGUGGCCUUUCUCACGAUGGAUCGGGUUCAGACGUGCGACCUGGCGACGUUUGAGCUGUGCAGUCUACGCUGCCAGAUGUGCGAGAGCGCGUACGCGGACCUGCUGCGCGAGGUGGACACGGCGACCGCACGUGGGGAUGACUUGUUGAGUGAGCGGUCCCUCGUUUUCGGUGUCAAAAAUCUUCGUAGCAACACCAUCGUCACGGCAAGGUUCGAGGACCACGUGACGAUGGAGCUCGCGGUGCGGGCUGCAGUGCCGAGGGAGUGCCGCAAGGCGCGUGAGGAGGCCGCCCUGUCGAAGGGCUCGGAGCUGUCGACCGCCCUCGCUGCCGUUGCGAUGCAGGGCGCCAAGGGCUCCGAGGGAGAGACGGCGCUCCAGGGGACGCGGCCCGGCUACGCGGAUGAAGCGUUGGCCGUCGGUGCUCGAGCGAACUAUGAGCGUGGGAAGGUGUCUCUCCCCGCCGGGCGUUCGGGGCGGGUGUCCGUGACUGGAUGCUUCCCCUCGGCCUCGCAGCGCGCUUGCCCGCUGGAUUCGUGCUCUGCUUCCCCCGGCGCGCGCGCGUGUGCGACGGCCCUGGACAGGGCGGGCGUUUGGCUGCGAUGCGCCUCCCUGGGGCUUUGGUGUGGGUGCGUGUGCGCUGUGAUCCUGGCGCCGUCGCGGCCGUCGGUCGGGCGCGAGAGCGAGCUCGUCUUCGCGGCCAUCUCAGUUGUUCUGAUGCACCCUGUUGCCGAGCUCUGGACCACCAGGAGGAGUGAGUUUCGGGAGCUUCUGCGACCGCGAUACCGGGGCUGGGCCGCGUUCGGGGAUUCGGAGAGGUUCCGGCCAGCUCUCUCGCCCAGGCGACGGGCGAGGUCGAAGUCCGCUGCGGGCUUCCCGCCGGCAGCGCGGCUGCGGCUCAUGGCCUCCCCCGACUCCGACGUCGCGGACGUUGCGGUCCCGGAGGGCGGUCGGGGUCGGGGCGGGCGCCUGAUCGACGUCUGCUCGCGGGAGUCGUGCCUGUCCUUCGCGGAUGCCGUGGGCGGGCUGGAGGGCGCCGGCCUCGACCGCCUCGUGCAGGUGCGCUCCCUCUCCGAAGUGCAGCCGCGCAAGCGUUGGCCGAGCUUCCGCAGCAUCGCUCGCUGCGACGAGCACGCGCAGGGCUCCUGGCCUCUCGGCAGGUUCCCCGAGGCGGUCCAGGCAGCGAUCGCGAGGAUCGUGGAGCGAG